AUGAAAUAUUUAUCAUCUAAUCCAAUUUUUGUUCUCUGCAAUCAUGAUGAUAUGGGCAGCUUGUUAUGGGGAAACGGUGGAAGGGUUCUCCGGGAGCGAGGAGACUGGCCUAAGUGGGAAGAAUCAUCAUAUAGGGAGAGUUCACCAGAGAGAGAAAACCCAUGGGAGGGGACAACCUCAUUGGGGGGACUCAAUUCACGACUAGAACACAAAUUAAGGGGGAUAGAAAGCCAAGAUGGCGAGCAAAAAAAGACACGCCACGAAAAAAGCAAACGGUGCAAUACCCCGCGCGGGAAAAAAAAUGCACUCCUCAAAGAAACAAAAAUAUGUAUCGAUAAAAAAAAAGGAAAACAGCACAUGUUACUUCCAUGCUAUUUGGAAAUUGUCAAUGACCAUCUACUUAUAUACCUUUUUGAUAACUAUGAUAAUAAGCUAUGCUGGAGACUCGAGCGGGGGAAUUACUCCCUCGAGACACGGGAAAUGACAGAUAGGGAGGGACAAAAGGAAGCAACGCAUGCGACGGGGAAGAGGAAGAGAAGGGCAAGAUGUACAAGAAGGAUCAAUGGCGAAACCGCUGCGCCAACAUCACAUCCAUCUGAAGAGGGACACUCAAAAAGCGGCACAUCAGAUAACGUGCAAACCGAUGUUGUAUACGGAGUCAUUAGUACCGACGAAAAUGAAGACUCACCAAUGUCAUCUGUUAUCAAGAAGAAAAAAAAAACUAUGUCAAAGUACAAACCAUUAGAACACAAAAAUGGUACAAGUCACAUAAGGGGGAACUACCUAACAGGUGAAAAAAACUGCUUUGUAAAAUGUGUGCGUCUGUUCUCUAACUGCUUCAGUAACUUAAAGGACAGUUUGAGGAGAAAUCUUUGCCUCUGCUUUGCAUGUUACGAAGGGGAGGAGAACAGAUUACGGAAGGGCAAUUCAGACUACAUCAAAUUGGUAGUAAAAAUAAACCCAGCUGCCUUCCCGAAGUUAAGCAGCUCCCUAACUAUAAAUGACCAUGCGUGGGGGAAGCUAACGGAAAGGAAUAAGCUUCUUAUUCGAGAAAGGAUUAAAGAGGUCUGUCUGGACGUCGAGCAAGUGUUUCUAAGUGCGGGAGAGGGCUCACCCGAAAUGGAUUCCAAUGUAGCCCAAUCAGACGAAAUGCUCAACCGUAGCGCAACGGAUAAAAGCGACUACUCGAAGUCCCCAACUGAUGAACACGUCAAAGUGCAGGAAUUUGUCCAGCCUGAAGGAGUUCAGUCCCAAGAUGAGACGCUAGACCGAGAGACCCCCAUUAGCAGCACACACGUAAGCGACACAGAGUUUGCGCACGCGAAAUGGCACGAACUACAUCUAUUUACAUUCAACUUCUACAAAAAUAAAUUAUCAGAGCUGAUAACAAAUUAUACAAAGUCGAUCGGAGUGGAUGAUAACAAUUCGCGUGAGAACCGCGCAAAUGCAUACCACGACAUGCGCUUAGACAGAAUAGAAAAGAGAAACUCAAUAAAUGAAUCGUGGAGGUAUGACCAAGUAAGCGAAGAGUCACAAAAGGAAUAUGUCGGAAGGAAAGAAGAACAAAAGAACAUUUCUUACCUCCUAAAAGGUAUAGAAAGAAUGAGAAGCACAACGUUUAUAAAAAAAAAAUUUAUGGAAGAUUCAGCAAACAGUACACACAAAGAAUUAUUAUUUUACGAUAAAAAUCAACAGCUAUUUUGUAAAUACGUAGGAGAAAUGAAAAAUAAAUUUUACAAUGGACAUGGGAAAUUAUAUGACAAAUUUAACAGCUUAAUUUAUGAUGGGCAAUGGCUCAAUGCACAAAAACAUGGAAAGGGAAAAUUACUAUUCAAGUAUUUUAACAUUUGGUAUUUGUAUGAAGGACAAUUCUCAAAUGACGAAAUUGUAGACAGGGGUAUAAUUUCCCUAAUCGAUAAGGAAUAUGUGAAGAGGAUACAGUCUGAUAAAAUUAAUAAACUGUGUCCCCUGCUCAUUAAAGUAAAUUUUGGAAAAUAUAAAUGGAAUGCAAUUACUAAAGGGGAGAUGGAACAAAACCCACAAUUUCAAAAAGAACUCAUCAAACGGAUAGAAAAAACUGUUAUGGAAAAUUACAGCCCUAAUAAUAAUUUAGAUUUCUGGCCAAAAGAAAUUACAGAUAUUUACUUCCCCUACUUGAAGAAAUGGAAUAUCUACUCCUUCUACUGCUCAUGCAAUAUAGAAAAUAUCAAAGGCAAAAAGGAAAUCUUCGAGUCCAAUGAAAACAAUUUUAAGAAUUUAAUUGGAUAUCCUUCCUUUGAGCUUCGCAAUGGCAGGAAUGAUCUCGAUUCGAAGGAGCAGCGAAGAGACGACGAGUUGCAGGAAGACAGCGAGGCCACCCCAGGGGAAGAUUAUCCUCAUCAAACCUGUAGCGAGGCUGAACCAAAAUGCGAUUCUCCCAAGCAGGCAUUUCCAAAUCAUCCCUCGCAGGAAUACAUUGUGUACAAGCGAGAUAAGACGAACGUCCUGCACGAGGAAUUUUUCGAGUACAUGAAAAAAAAAAACGAGCAGAAGCUGUACUAUCCCCUACUCAGCAAAACGGUUGGGUUGGCCAAAAUCAUAUACGCAGACAAGAGUGAAUACAUUGGACCGAUCAAUAGCAGGGGGCAGCCAAACACCAACGAGCAAUUUCCCCAGGCUAUUUUUAACAAUAACGAUUUCUUGUAUGAAGGAGAAAUGAAAAAUUUUCUGCCGCAUGGAUAUGGUAUAUUCAAAAAUAAAAAAAAUGGGAAAAAUACCUACUUCGGAUUUUGGAAAAAUGGACAGAGAGAAGGAAAUGGAAGUCUCAAUUUGAGAAAUAAAAAAUAUAUUGUUCAGGCAAACUUUAUAAAAGAUAAGUUGCAUAGUAACGUUAAUAUAUUCAUAAGGGAUGAAAAAAUAUGCAAAUUGUACAUAUCAAAUGUAAGUACAAAUAGCCAGAAAAUAAAAAUAUUUUUCAGAAAUGGCUACAUUUUUUAUGGUCAUUUUUCAGAAAAUUAUCAACGAAAUGGGAUAGGCAUCCUCAUAGACAGCAACAACAAAAUUUUAUACCAUGGGUAUUACAAAAAUGACAUGAUUGAUAAAUUCUGCUACAUCCUACGACAUAAGGAUAACACUAUAUAUUGUGGGAACCUCUGUCAAGGGAUGAAAAAAGGCUUUGGAAAAUUAUAUUACGAAGAAAAAUUACACUUUGAUGAUGAAAAUGAAUUCAAUUUAAGUUUAUCUAAUGCAAAAAUUUUAGCAAGAAAAUUGGAGUCAUAUGAUGGUAUUGAUAUCAAUUCAGAUAUCCCCUUAAAUUUUGCUCUUGAUUCUAACCAUGUCAUUUAUGUUGGCUAUUGGGAUGAAAAUAAUUUUUCUCAUUUCGGCUCAUGUAAUUUGAGGAAUGGCAUUUAUAAAGGGGAUAUAAAGGAUUCCAAAAAAGAUGGCUUCGGAAUCUACAUAUACAAAAAUAAAAAAUCUUAUAAAAAUAAAAAUAGAUAUGUUUUGUCCUAUUUUAAAAAAGACAAAAUUAACAGCAUCGGGAAAUACUACAGUGAGUAUGAUAAAAUGAAAGUACACUCUUUUCACAAAGAACAAAUUAAACGCAAAAAAUCAGUUUACGAAAAAUGCUUCAAUAAGGGAAAAAUCAAAUAUGACGUCUUAAAAACUGAUAAACUGUAUAUAAAUCAGGAGAUCGACUAUUAUAUUACCGUGCCUCUUGCCGACACACUCUCUAUUAUUAUGAACGAGGUUUUGGAUAAAUCAACCAGCUUUGUCCAUUACUUGUAUCGCCCCUUUAAAUUCGAUUUGAAUUAUUUCUUGAAGAAGUGA